GGCAUUAGACGAUGGCAAAGCUUUGACCAGCACCUGCGAAGACUCAAUGACAAAGACACCAUCAGCAGUCUCAGAGGACCAGGAUGACUUGCUGCCGAGUAUUGGCAGCUUUGGUCAUCCUGAACUCUGUGCUCCUCCAUGCGUGUACUUUGCUUGGGGUCCUUGUGCCAAGGGUGCCUACUGCGGUUUUUGCCACAUGGCACAUCGUGAGCCGAUCGGCAAGCUUGACAAGAGGCAGCGGAAAAUCUUCCAGAAACUUGAGGAGGUAGAAAUGAUAACAUUGGUUCUGCCUCAUCUCAAGGAGCGUGCCAAGCAAUUGGAGCUCUGUGAAGAAAUCGAAGUUGUACUUGGCUGUCUAACUGAACAUCUCAGCCGAGGAUUCCGAGGAUGCAACAAUUUCAUGUUGACAGAACGCAAAGCAGAGAAAUUGAGCUACGUGCUGCGGCAGAUGCCUUUCCAAGGGCUGAUCUCAUUGAUUUUGGCGCGUGAAGACUUCGAUGCCUCAUUCCUGGAGACCUUGACCAUUGCAGCAGCAAAGCUGCGUGCUCGUGCUCCUCGCACCGUUGGCGGGGAAAAGAGCAAGCGGGACGAUUUGCAUUGGCUUUGA